AAUUUGUUGACAGCGAGAUUGCAGGAUGCCCAGUGAGUAGGAGGAACGGCUGUGAAUGCGGCCCGGACACCGGACCCGAAACCCUACCGGGGCCGGACCCCAAAGCUACACUCACACGGAGACGGUGUGCGAGGGGGGAAGCUUUCAAGUGACGGACCGACUGCUCCUCUGGGUGUACUGAAAACCGGAAGGUCUUCUAGGGCUGUUGCCCACUGAUGUUCCAGAAACAUUAACCACACCUUCUGUGUGGGAACUAUUCUUCUAAAACUAUACCUCUGUAUAGUAUAAAAAAAAUGGCUUCUGACAGCCCAGAGUCACUCAUGACAAUAUGCACGGACUUUUGCCUGCGAAACCUUAAGGGAACCCUUUGCUACCUCCUUGACAACGAAGUCCUCCGUCUUCACCCAGACAUCUUUCUGCCCAGCGAGAUAUCUGAUCGUCUAGUGAACGAGUACAUUGAACUGGUAAAUGCGGAUAGCGGCUUUGAACCCCACGAGAGCUUUUUCACACUGUUCUCAGAACCGCAGAGCACAAGACUUACUCGUCUUCAUCUGCGGGAGGAUAUUGUUCAAGAUCAAGACCUGGAGGCCAUCCGUAAGCAGGACCUUGUAGAACUGUACCUAACUAACUGUGAGAGACUGACAGCAAAGAGUCUGCAGACCCUGGCAAGGUUUAGCUCGACCCUUGUGUCCCUCAGUCUCUUUGGUUGUCUCAACAUAUUUUAUGAAGAGGAAAACCUGGGAGGUUAUGAUGAAAGUGACUGUUUGGUCAACCCCACCCGCCAGGUUCUUGUCCGGGACUUUACUUUUCAAGGAUUCCAAAACCUGCGUUUCUUAAAUCUUGGCUCUAUCACCAAAGGUGUGGAUGUUGAGGUGAUGCUGCGCCCUCUGCGCUCUUUGAAAGCCCUAAACUUGUCGGGGAUCCAGUUAAAUGAUGUGAGCUUCCUAACACAAUGGAAAGACACUUUAGUAUCACUAGUCCUGUACAACAUGGACCUGUCUGAAGAGCACAUUAGAGUUCUCAUCCAGCUGCAGAAAUUGCGACACCUUGACAUCUCACGUGACAGGCUGUCCAGUUAUUACAAGUUCAAACUGACUCGGAAAGUGCUAAGCCUUUUUGUGCAGAACCUGGAAGAUCUUGUCUCAUUGGAUAUCUCUGGUCACCUGAUGUUGGAAAACUGUGCAAUUUCCAAGAUGGAUGACGAACUCGGUCCUCCCAGUAUUGAACCCUCUAAGAGCAGCAUCAUUCCUUUUCGAGCUUUGAAAAGACCUCUGCAAUUCCUUGGUCUCUUUGAGACCUCCCUCUGCAGUUUGACACAUAUCCCAUCCCACAAGGUGAGCGGUGAUAAGAAUGAGGAGCAGGUGCUAAAUGCCAUUGAGGCAUACACAGAACAUCGUCCUGAGAUAACGUCUCGUGCCAUCAACCUCCUCUUUGACAUUGCUCGUAUAGAAAGGUGCAACCAGCCACUGCGAGCUCUACAGCUGGUUAUUGCUGCUCUGAAGUGUCAUAAAUACGACAAAACUAUUCAGGUGACUGGAAGUGCCGCACUAUUCUACCUGACCAAUUCUGAGUAUCGAGCUGAGCAAAGCAUUCGUCUCAGACGGCAGGUCAUCCAAGUGGUGCUAAACGGCAUGGAGUCUUACCAGGAAGUGACGGUGCAAAGAAACUGCUGUCUCACACUUUGUAACUUCAACAUCCCAGAAGAGCUGGAGUUCCAGUAUCAACGGGUUAAUGAGUUACUGCUAAACAUCCUCAUUCCAACCCGGCAAGACGAGUCCAUUCAACGCAUUGCUGUCCAUCUCUGCAAUGCCCUCGUCUGCCAGGUGGACAAUGAUCACAAGGAGGCUGUCGGCAAGAUGGGUUUUGUCAUGACUAUGCUGAAACUGAUACAGAAGAAGCUACAGGAUAAAAUGUGUGACCAGGUUAUGGAGUUUUCCUGGAGUGCUUUGUGGAACAUUACAGACGAGACCCCAGAUAAUUGCGAGAUGUUCCUCAACUACAGUGGCAUGAAGCUAUUUCUCGAGUGCCUAAAAGAGUUUCCCGAGAAGCAAGAACUUCACCGCAACAUGCUGGGGUUGCUGGGAAAUGUGGCUGAAGUGCGUGAACUUCGUCCACAGCUAAUGACAUCACAAUUCAUCAGUGUGUUCAGUAACCUCUUGGAGAGCAAAGCAGAUGGUAUUGAGGUGUCUUAUAAUGCUUGUGGUGUGCUGUCACAUAUCAUGUUCGAUGGUCCCCAAGCGUGGUUCAUUGGAGAGCCAACCCGCCGGGAGGUGGAAGAACGAAUGUGGAAAGCCAUCCAGAGCUGGGACAUCAGUUCCAGAAGAAACAUUAACUACAGAUCAUUUGAGCCCAUUCUUCGGCUCCUCCCCCAAAACGUAUCUCCAAUCAGCCAACACUGGGCAACCUGGGCACUUUACAACCUCGUCUCUGUAUAUCCAGACAAAUACUGUCCAUUGCUGAUCAAGGAAGGAGGGCUCCCUCUGCUGGUAGAUCUUGUCAACAUGCCUUCAACCCACCAAGAAACAAAGGAUAUGGCCAGGAAAGUCCUUGAACAUUGCAGUAAUUAUAAUGAAGAAAGUAUGGACACCGCACUAUAGAAAGGACACCUGCAACAUCAAACUUCAUUGCCCUCUGCACCUCUCCAAAAAGAAAACCUUUUACCCAUGUAAAAAAAAAAAAAAAAAAAUACAAAUCAAAAUUGUAGAGGGCCAUAUGCAGCCAACAUCAAAUGACUGGGAGAGACUUUUUUUAUUAUCCUUUUUUUGGCACACAAGAAAACCUUAUUAUGUUUGGUUUAAUAUUUGUUGAUUUGAUAUAUAUUUGGAUGUGAUCAACUAUAAAAGAAAACAGUGAAUUAAGAGACAUGGUGAAAUCUGCUCCAGGACAUACAUUUCUCUGAAGCAGUUGAUGCAAUGUAUUUUGGGAUUUCUAUUCAAUGAUCAAUUCAGCACUUUACCUGUUGGGUCACCUAUCCAAUAAUGGAGGUGAUCGCACUGUGUUUGCAAGCUCUGAAUCAAGCAGACACGGGGUUAUGUUCUCUCUUUGUGAUGCACACAGACUCUUAUCUGUCACCCAGCUUUGAGAAGGUCUUGUAGGCUCUCCUAAGGAACGAUUCCACAAAGAUUUAAAUAAGUAUCGUCACACUAGUGAAAUGCAUUCAAAAAUGAAAUCUGCCAGAGAUUAAAAUUAAAGGAAGCUGUUGAGCGUUUACGUCACCGCCUCACACCACGUAUGUGCACCAGAGAGCACUGCCGUAAACUUUGUGUGCUAGCCUCCAUAAUGUGGCGAGGCCUCACUCAGAAUAAUUGGGCUUCACUGCCAGUCUCUGCUGUGGACCUGGCUUUCAAAGCACUCUGUGCUGAUAUUCUUAACACUCGCUCUGAAACAGAACAAAUGAAUUGCAAAUCUUUAUCCUGUGAGUCAGUAAAUGUGCUUUAAAACCUAUAUGUGUAAGCACUGCCAGGAUCUGUCAUAGAUAGAAUUGAGAUGUUUUCUAGGUAUGGUCUCGAGUUCAUUAGAGGAUUUGGCAAUGAUAAUGUAAACUUAACAGAUUUACAAAAAGAAAGACAAAAUCACUUGGGAUAAAUUGCUGAGACUAUUACUAAGUAAAGGGAAUUUUGACUUUCCUAACGUACAAUAGAAAUGAACUAUAACCUGUGUGGAUAACAGCAAAUUUUCAUCAUAAAAGGUGUUGCAGGCAAAGCCUUUCAGCCACCUUUGUUGAAGGGGCCUACAGUCAUUACUUUUGUAACUGGCAUCCCAAGGGUUAAACGCCUCCACGUGAAGACAGAAUUGAGAAUCUAUUUAAAAUGGGGAGAACAAAAUGACUGGACACCUAUAUAAGGACACAGUGCCAAAGCUUUCGAGGAGUGGAGACUAGGACUGUGGGGACAGCAAUUUGAAACCUAACAUCUGUGAACAACACUGGUUACAAAUAUUAUCCAUGUAUUAAUGCAAUGGGCUGUAUAACUCUACUCUAAAGUAUCACUUUCAAGGAACCCAUACGUAAGCCAUUACCAUAAAACCUGUCUAUGUGUUGUGUUGACAUUUGUAGCGGUGUAUGCAUUAUUUUUUUAUUAAUACAUUUUAAUCUGCCUUCCUUAAAACACAUGAUGGCUGGCAAGGUAUCCCUCUUCUUGCAUUUGGAUGUUACAAAUCCUUAAAAGUACGAAAGUCCAAUAAAAAUCGUAACCUGCAGAAACGUUAAAAUAAAAGGUUAACACAACAUAGAGAGAGCGUUUUUAUACGCUGUGUGACAAACCCACUUUGUAAAUUGGCGCUAAAGCCUUCUGUUAUGAGAAAAGCGCUAUGUAAUGGAUAAGGAAGGUGUCAGGAGAGAUGAAAGCUCUUAAUCACAUGUAGUCAAUUAACCUCCAUUCAAUGUCACUAAUCUAUCUGAACACCAGUUCAAGUCCAUACGGUUAAUUAUGAUUUCAUGUACACCUCCCACAACUACAUGCUGCCCUGCUAUGUCAUUUAUAUGCUG